GCGAAGCCGCGUCACGACAAGACCCCUUAAAAUAAAACCACCCAUCUCUCGAGAAACAGACUGCACCAUCCAAGAUGGCUGACGAUACAGGAGCAGAGGCGGAGAAAAAAUUCGAUGGGAUGGAGCGGUGGGCGGGGCGUGUGGCGUUAGUGACAGGGGCCACCGAGGGCAUCGGAGAAGCUAUCGUGGAGGAGCUGGUCAAAGCGGGCAUGACUGUUGUGGCCGUGGCCCCAAAGGUGGACGCUCUGGUGGUGAAAGUGGCGGAGUUCCGUGUAACCGGCUACAGCGGGUCCCUGGUGCCCAUGACGUGUGACUCCGGCUCGUGCGACAACGUGAGCAGCCUGUUCGCGUCCAUCGAGUCAGACCCGGACAUUGAGGGCGUGGACGUGUGCAUCAACAACUCCACCUUGGCGCUGGGCGAGUCCUUCCUCAACGGGGACUUCCUCGCCUGGAAACACAUGUUCGACGUGAACGUGCUCGGAAUGGCCUGCUUUUCAAAAGAAGCCAUCAAUUCGAUGCGAGACAGAGAGAUCAAUGACGGUCACGUCAUCUUCAUCAACAGCAUGGCCAGUCACCGCAUCGCCCCUGGCAACAAAGACCUCCAUGUGUACAGCGCAACUAUGUUCGCCCGGCGCGCCAUUUUGGAGGCAAUACGUUAUGAGCUGAGGGGGAUGGAGACCAAGAUACGUGUCUCGGCAAUCAGCCCUGGGGUCGUGGAGACGAAUGUCUACAGCAAGCUUUUUGAUGGAAACGAGGAAAAAGCCAAAGCUUUCCUCGCCGAGAGAAAGGUCCAUGAUAUCUUGAUGAGAUCCAUCGACCAAAUCCCAUAAAACAAGUGGAACUAAUAUAUUAAUAAACACGAGCCACAGCCAUGUUUACCGAUCGAGACAACCAGCCAGGUCAUCAAGCAAGACUUGGCAGCAUCUAUUCACUAUCCCUGUAUGGGCUAUCGAUAGGCUAGGCUGUUAUUUAUAUCAUUUACAUGUUGUACAUUACAUGAGUGAGCCUGCUUACGUUCUGUGUCGACUGACUUCUACCUGUCACAGGUAGGCCUACAUGUAGUCAGUUUACGUAGAACGUAAGUCCAAUUUAUCUAUCAUUUCUUGAUAUUUUUGUACUACAAUGUACUGAUAUGGCCUCAAAUUACAGCCAAACAAAGUAACACAAGCCUGCUCCUAGCUGACAGCACCAUCCAGACAACGCCACGCUUCACUUGUUGCGAUUUUUGAUAUAACUCAAAGUGUUACUUAUCACCUUGAACACGACAUAUGCUCAAAGCCUUGGAAAAUUGAAUGUUUACGCCUACCCCAUACCUUCAAAAUGUUGACUAGUCAUCAACACAGUGCUUAUGGGUUUGAACCUUUAUGUUAGGAGCUGUAAUUUAAAAAAAAUAAAAAUUCUUACAUAUAUCUUUCAUCAUCUGUGCAGUAUGAUAGAUGAACAGAAUAUAUGCGAAAAUGGAGCCAGAGCCUUUCAAAAAGUGUGUGGGAGUGUUUUGGAAGCAGAAAGCACACUGGCUUGCGAGAGGGUCUUUGACAUUUUUAUAACAGUAACAGCCCUGUCAGCACAACCAACCAUGUAUGUUGAGAGUUGUACAUAUUGCACAAUAAGCCAGCGAGUUCAUCUGUGAAAUGUGUACAUGAACCAGAUGUCAGAAGUCUUGCUUCACGCUUCACAGGGCUCAUAAUUCAUCUCAAAGUACUUGAAGGGUCUAUCUAUAAUUUCAGUGAGCUGUCAUAUCUUCAGGUCAAGAAGACACAUGACCUUUUCAGCACUGAUCAAACAGGCUCAUUGUUGUGAAGUGGCUAGUUCAUUGUCUCUGAGAUACACACAUAGCUAUUUUUCUACUGUGGCUUGUAAAUAAAUGUAUAAUAUAACAUGAAA